GAAAAGACGAAAAUGGAGGUAUCUCAUGUCUGUCAAUCAUUAUGCUGUGAACCACUAACAUAAAGUUCAUUUUUAUUAUAUUGGUUAUGCAUUUUUAGUAUAUUGAAACCAUUUUUAUUAUAUUGAAUAUUUAUUUUUAGUAUACUGAAAUUUCAUUUCUAGUAUAAACAAGCAUUGCCAAUCUAUUUGCGGUUAAAUUCUUGUACUGUUAUCAAACACACAGUAUUGUGCCUAUUGUUCAUACUUCUUUCUUAUGUAAUUGUUACUAUGUUGAGCAGUGAAAGAUUUGAUGUGGUUAAAUAAGUCAUCUCUACUCAUUAGUCAUCCCUAGAUUCAUUAGUUAGUGGUAAAAACAUCCUGCCAUGAAUGCUAACAUGGUAUCCCAUGAUAUCCUGUCAUUUUUCCUUUUUUUCCUGCAUAAAAUGCCAUGACAGAAUAUAGUGUCACAUGUCUAAGUUCUGUAUUUUUGAGUUGAAUGUCACGAGGUAUCUGCAACUGCGACAACUACUUGAUAGGAUGAACGGGGAAAGAUCUGUCAUAGCUCUGCUGGGAUGAUCCAGCUUCCCGAGGAAACAAAGAUGGUUAACUGUGAUGGAAUCUGUUUGGAGAAUCCGUUAUUCUGAAUGGUGGUUAGAUCGACGAAUGUGAGGGAUAUGGGGACAGAAAUGACUCGAGAUGGCAGCCGAGAGCUCUCAAGAACAGCCACAACUUCAGCAGCAUGGGGUGAGGCAGAACACGGGAAAUACAUGGCAAGGUAUAAGCGUGAAGAGGCGAAAAUACAGGCCUGGGAGGAUGAUGAGAGAACAAAGGCUGAAAUGGAAAUGCAAAGAAUAGUGGUAUUAUUACAUCUCACCUUUAACAACAAGCCAGUGGGAACAGAAUCUACAUUAACCUUUUCAUGUAAAAUACAGGAACAGACUUGCUGCAGCAAGGAGAAUAGCAGAAGAGAAUCAUGCAAAAGCUGGGGCUAGGCUAAAUGGAAAGACAGUGAAAACCAUUUUCAUUAGGCAGAUUGGUUAUCUUCCCUCAUUCUUUUUUCUCUUUUUAAUUUUUUGGGUGACGAGGGAAUGUCGCAAUCACUACAUGAGAGUGCAUUGGGUAAACCCCAUCUUGUGAUCCUAGCUGAUACAGGACUACAAAGAGAUAAACCAGUCUAGGUUGUCUAUAGCUGACCAACUCAAAUCAAUAAGGUUAAUAGGUCACUUCCACUGAGAGCUAAACGUGAAAUCUUGUAGUUAUCAAGUCAACAAUUGGGAUUGCCCCA